UACAUACAAAGGUGAAGCUAUUCGUUUGGUGACGCAUACUUAUAUCGCAUGACUACUGCAUGCAUGGCAUAAUAUAUACACGCGUGAAUUUCCCACAUUGAGCAUUUACAGUUUGUAAACACAACACAAACCAAAGCAAAUCCGCAUGGAUCCAAGCCAAAAUCUGCCGAUGGCUUUCUACUUCAGUGGUUAGUGUCGUUUACUGAAGCAAUCGAGAAGGAUCAGCCGUGCCAGAAAUCUCUCUGGCUUGUGUUUUUAGAGUCAAUUCGUGACAUGAGUGCCUGGCGUUUGAGAUCUGAAAUGUCGGUGGAUGAGUUUCACCCCUUCAUUGAGGCAGUGUUGCCUUACGUCAAAUCGUUCUCCUACAUCUGGUUCAAUCUGCAAGCACGAAAGCGCAAAUACUUCAAGAAGCACGAGAAGCGCAUGACCGCCCUCGAAGAGCGUCAAUCCAAAGAGGAGCUUGCUAAUGACAAGCCCGAAGUCAAGAAGAAGUGGGCCUCGCGACUUCUCGCCAAACUCCGCAAGGACAUUCGGCCGGAGUACCGCGAGGACUUUGUGCUCAGUGUGACUGGGAAGAAACCGCCCAUGUGUAUACUGAGCAAUCCCGAUCAGAAGGGAAAGAUACGGCGUAUAGACUGUCUCCGACAGGCCGAUAAGGUGUGGAGGUUGGACUUAGUGAUGGUUGUGCUUUUUAAAGCCAUACCAUUGGAGAGUACGGACGGGGAGAGGUUAUUGAAGUCCAUAAACUGUUCGAAUCCCAUGCUGUGUGUGCAGCCACACCACAUCAGCGUGAGCGUCAGGGAGUUGGAUUUGUUCCUUGCGAAUUUCAUUGUACAAUCACCUGAACGAGCACUGAGUGAUUCAGGAGACAGCAUGUCAGUCAAAAGCGGCAGUGAGCCAGAUUGGCACAACCCAUUAACAAUAGUGACGGCCCCUGAAGAGCCAAACAGUUUUUCAACGAGUGGUGUCUUCACAGCCAAUGAGUUAAGAAGAAUUACUCAAGGGUCAAUUUCUGAUGGGUCGUCUAGCACCCUGUCUCUCAACGAGCUUGAGAGUCCAACAUACUACCACUACGCCACCGAUGUCACACAGCCUCUCGCAACGCGCAGACACAUCCAGCCGAACCAUCCAAUCACGAAGAGAAUCAAGCGUAAUUCUAGCACCAUGUCGUCCGCAGAUGAUGACGGUGACAGUGUGGGUGAAGAUACAGAGAAUCUUCAUUUCUACGGGCGAUCGCCGGCGUCGUUGAGCAGCCAGUCUGGCAGUUGGCAUAGCGACAUUGAUCCUGGUACAAGUCCAGUUGUCCCAUCCAGCAUGUCGCACGCCGUUCACAAGCCAAAGAUUUCAGAAGCGGCUAGCAGCUUCACCACACAAUCGUCACCAGGAACGAGGCCAAGAGUCCUCAAAGUUGAACCAAAGAUUGAAGGGGAGGGAGGGCUCUCCUCUUGCUCCAUGAGCCAAGGGUUGCCGCAGACGGUCGAAUACAAGGGUCAAAUUCAAGGCACGAUGGCGUCUUUCACUUACCCCUCAAACACCCAAGCUCCAUACUACACCAACCAGCUGAGGUUACACCCCCAGCACAUUGACUCCACCAUGUCCACCCCUCUUUCAGACUUCGUUCAGCUUGUGUGUCACCAAGACUCUUACCAGCAGCAAGUGGCCAAGAGCAACACAGUUGGCAACACAGGCAGUCCCACCAAAAUAGCCGGGUUCAUCCCCACGGCUAUGCUUCCACCACCCCCUCCUCCGCCAAUGGCCCGGCCCGUUGCCAUAGCAACGUCCAUUGGCCAAACCGGUGCUUUGUCCGGAGUGACAUCACAAACAAGUGUUCCAAACACUACAUCCAGUUCACAAGUCUCAACGUCAUCUUCAGUGCCGCUGUCGUCGUCCACGUCGAGUACGAUCCAGUGCUCCCCUUGUCCGACCACGCCCCCAGCGAGUAGGAGCAUCAUGACGAGCCCCUUCACUGUCCUAGGUGCCAGCCGGUCAGACAAUGGCUUCGUGCAUGCCCAUCAACCACAGGUGCUUUCCUAUCCGAAUAUCAGUCCAAUCAAUAUCAGUCCUACAACGAUUGGAUUUCUUACCUCCCCGGUUGCCACUCCCAGGUCUACGCCUCGAUCGACGCCCAUCCCACGCUGGACGACGCCUCUGAUUUCACUAGAUGAGAAUACAGAUUACACCAUGCUGUCUGGUUUAAUUGCGGCUGCAACGAACGACGAGGCCUUGUUAGGUUAUAAUGAGAGAUUUGUUCCAGUGAAUUUGACAGCGGAACCAAUGGAAACAGCUGGUAACACGGUGACACCAACAGAAACUAAAUAGUUCUGAACAGUUUUAUAAAAGAGGACAGACCAAUUGAUUUUGGGUUAUCACUUUCUCAGUGUUCAGGAGUGACCAGUGUGGAGCUGCUUAGCAAGAGGAGAUGUUGGCUUGUAUUGACUUAUCGGACAUUUGGGAGGUCUUCAGGAACGCUCUUUGUAUCACUAGCAAGGUCCACAGAGAGAUGGUUGUGGCGACAGGGAUUGAUAGACGUUGCUUCUCUUUGUGAAAACAGGCCUAUUUUACAAAUUUGCUAAGCAACGGCAAAUGUUUGCCAAGCUGAAGUUGAUGACAUCCAAAAUUAUCUGGUUAAUUAUUAAUAUUAUUUUUUUAACGGAAAAAUCUUAUAUUUCUGCUUAGCGAAAAUUUGAUAUGCAGAAGGCUGCUUAGCAGUUUUGUCAUGCCUGGCCUUGGUUGUAUACUACAACUGGUGGUGAGUUUGUUUGGAUUGUUGAGCAUCUUAAAGUGGAACGGUUUUGGUUUGCUUCAAGUUUGGAGUUCAACACAAACUAAAUUUUCGGUUUGGACAUCAACUUUAACCCCUUGACACCGAGAAAGAUUAUGAGCAGAGAGUAGGGAUUUUAAAGACGUCUUCAAGGCGACACUUUUUUUCUUAAUGUUUGGUCUUCCCCAUGCUGUGAGCUUUUUAUUCAGGAGAAAAUUUGUAUCAUAACAAUUUGCAUCCCGUUGAGAUUUUAUUUAUAAUAGAAUUAUCGUAUUCUGUAUAGUCCACUUUGUUGUUGAGUUUGCUUCUAAAGCCGUCUUAUUUAAGUUUUUUUUUUUAUUUAUUUUAUUUCAAAGAUUUAUUGGAGAGUAUUUUAAAGAGUUUCAUUUGGGUUUUGUCCUUCAUCUCAGUAUUGAUGGCCUGCAUUGUUUUAUUUUUGUUUUAUUUUUGUGUUAUUUAAACUCUCUCAGAAUUAAUUGCUACAAAGGGAUGAUACAACAGUGGUAGUAAUUAAUUCUUAAUUUGAAGUGCAUUUCAUGAAAAACUGCCACUGCUAGUGUCACCAGUCCAAAACAAAGAAUCCUUUUGUAUAAUAUUUGUCUUGGGUGGAUUUUACAAAGAGUUAGGACUAGCCUUAAGUUUUUAAUAUCUCCUGGGAAUAGUCUUAAGUUAGGACUAGUCCUUACUCUUUGUGAAACAACCCCCAGGCUAUUGGUCCUCGAGAAAAAAAUAGAAAUAUCAUGAAAUGGAAAAAACAAUCCACAAGAAGACAAACAAAAUUAAGUUCUUUUUUUUUUUUUUUUUUUUUGGAAAAAAAUACUCUUCUUGAACAUUUUGAAAGUGAAUAAUUUGCUGUGAAUUUCAUCUUGAUGGAGCCAAUGUUGUAUCAUCCAACUUUGUUCAUGUUCGAUGAAAACUCCUUAUUCUGCUCUGGGACAUUAAGUAUUUUCCUUCGACACCCCCCCCCCCC